AUGCCGCGACAAAAAUUCGCAAUCGCAGAUUUAACGUGCCCGGUAUUACGGAAGUUGCUGCGUGACCGGGAGUUGAGAUCGGCCGGGCGAAAACCGGAUUUAGUGAAGCGGCUGAUCGACAGUGAAGGUAGCGAUGAAAUCGAAUUGUCCGACAACGAAAUCGAGGACAAUGACGACGACCUUCGACAGACGGUUUCCGCUUUGGUGGAAAAUGUGGCGUCAAUAAUGGCGGCCAUUAAAAAUGGCCAAGUCGGUGUACCACCCGUACCACCUGUUCCACCCGUUCCAUCAGCUGUCCUACCCCAGGACGACGAUGCUAUGGCCGAAGCCCAUCAUCAACGCACACCAUUCAAUAUUACCGCACCGACUCAUUCAACGGCUUUCGGCGAUAUCGAACCGACACUACGACGGCGCAACGAGACGAUGACGUCAACUCGUCAACCGACCGCGGAAUACGUAUUUCAACCACGAGAUGUUAUCGGGAUUCUACCAACAUUUGACCCGCUCGACGAUGUGUCCCCAUCAGCCGAACAAUGCAUCGACCGAAUUGAAAAAUUGGCUCAGGUAUAUCACUGGGAGGAAUACCUCGUUCUGUUUGCCGCUCAGGCUAAGUUGAAAGGCCCGGCUAAACGAUGGAUUGACGGAUUGCAAACGAUGUUUGCAACGUGGGAAGAAUUCUCCAUAGCGCUAAUUGCAGAUUUCCCCAGUCGAUUUACGACAGAAGAUAUGCGACAGCGGCUCGAUAGCAGCCGUCGCGCACACAACGAAACAACCGAAGAAUAUUUUUUCCGCGUCUGCGCAAUGGGACGACGGGCGAAGCUUGACGACGAAACGAUCGUGUAUUACAUACGACGAGGGCUUUGUAUGAAACCAUUACAAACUGCCAUAGCCACGAUGCAUUUCAACACGCCGAGCGAAAUGCUAGUGGCCAUGCGACAAUUUGUAGCGAACGAUCCGGGAACGAACGAUAGUUCCAAUAGCGUUCGGGGUGAACGAACGAAUAUACUCCGAUCGCUGCCGCUGCUAAAUGCUGCAAAUCAAAACUCGAGGCUAUGUUACAAUUGUUUCGAAAGAGGGCAUUUGUCGUUGAACUGUCCGAAGCCGCAACGAAGACCACGAUGCGUGAAAUGCAAUAGAACUGGCCAUGCCCAGAAUGACUGCCCGACAGCCGCGCGAACAGAAGUCAACCGCCGAGAGACAAUAAAUCGUAUAGCACAACACACAGACAACAAAUUGCUAACGAAGACAGUGGAAAUAGGCGACCACAGGUUCGGUGGAGCUGUAUACCUUUGCAAUAAGAAAAUAAUUGCAAUAAUCAGAAUUGACGACGUGAUACUGGAGGGAGUUUUGUAUAUCGUGGACGACGAGCAGAUGGAUAAGCCGAUACUCAUUGGAACCGAUAUUCUACUGCAAGAAGGUAGGUGCUGCACAAUUCGUGGUCGUGAAUUUAAAAUGACAUCGGAAUUCGAGAACAUACGAACCGGACCAAUAUCAUCAUUCGAUAAAGAACAACUGUUUGAAGUAUUGGAAAAAUGGCAUAAGUGUUUUUCUACUAAUUUAUCAACGAUCGGUCGUUCAAAUUCCACCGAAAUGGAAAUCCGUGUUACAACUAGCAAACCAGUCAGUCGACAGCCUUACAAGGUUCCGUUCCCGAAGCGAUUGAAAGUGGAAGAAAUGAUCGACGAGCUACUGAAAGCUGGAAUAAUUCGACCGAGCGAGUCGGAAUAUUCAUCUCCGGUCAUACUGGUCGCGAAAUCAGAUGGUACAGACCGACUUUGUAUCGAUUAUCGAGCAUUAAACGCGAUUACAGUGAAGGAACCAUUCCCAGUGUGGAAGAGAUAUUACCAAAUCCCGAUUGCCGAAUCAUCGAAAAAGUAUACGGCUUUCGCCACUCAUAUAGGCCAAUAUGAAUUCAACGUAGCUCCAUUUGGAUUGACCAACGCUCCAUUCAAAUUCCAAAGAGAAAUCCGAAAAAUCACAUCGAGAAUGAAACGACGAGUAGUAUCUUAUGUUGACGAAAUCAUCAUACCGAGCAAAAAUAUCAAAGAAGGCUUGGAAGCGUUGGAUGAGUUCUUAGGAAUAUUAGCGGAAAUCGGUAUGACAUUAAAUAUAAAGAAAUGUACAUUUUUAGCGACCGAAGUAUCCUUUUUGGGACAUCGAAUCACUAAGGAAGGUCUUCUACCCGGUGAAGUGAAAACCGAUGCAAUCCAGAAAUUCCCAACACCUAGUAAUCGAACCGAGGUUCGACGGUUUCUUGGACUAACUAGUUUCUUUCGACGAUUUGUUCAAGGAUAUGCUCAGAUAGCUUUACCGUUAACUCGAUUGCUGAAAACGAAGGAUGCGGAACCAUUUACAUGGACAUUUCUUGAACAGGAAGCAUUCGAUACCUUACGAAGAGCUCUUUAUCAUCCACUACGAGAUCUACGAGGUUAA